UUGUCUGGUGACCUUAGGGAGUUGGUGGACAGCUUGAGCCCAUCUACUCACGGGUGUGUGAGGGUCACAGGGCCCUGGGCCCCGUUCCUGUCUUUGCGGUCCCAGCCGGGCCGUCUGGGGCUCUGGGCCGCAGGAUGGAGAGCGCCUGUGACCUGGGCGCGCAGAGGGCAAUCAUCUCUUUCCACCGGCCAGGCAUCAGGACCCUCCGAGCCCUCUCCCUGCCUCAGGGCUCGCUUAGCAACUCCUUUAGCACACAUAAAUGCGCCAGUGAAUAGUUUAGAAAAUGAAAAGCAAAGAGAGCAAAGGAGAUAAAAACAUCUUGGGAACUUGUCCACUCUCGGAACUUUCCUAAUGCUGGGUUCGCUUGGCCUGUUACCUGUUGUGGAGGUGUGUUUCAUCUACUCCAUCCCUGUGUUUCCUCAAGACCUCAAGCAAUGAAGGGCCUACAGCCCAAUCAUAAGUGCUGGGACUGAAUCCAGGAACUUACACAUGUUAAGCAAGCACCCUACUCCUGAGCUACACCCCCAGUCAAGAACACCAGAUCUGCCUUCACGUAUCAAGGCGAUGCAGGCAGAAGAAGAAAGGCUCAGGAGAUACACACCAAGUUGAUGUCGGUGGUCAUCACAGAGGCUGGGACUGAGAAGGGGCCAGCUACCGAAGAGCAGGAUCUCCUCUAACUUGUUCACUCCCUUGAAUGCCUAUGGCCUAGCUCAGUGUACACAAGGUAGGUACUCAAAUGCAUGGAUUGAAACCAGCGGGCUGGAUGAAUAGGUGGAUGGAGGGCACAAGGCUGAAUGGAAGACUGUGGCACAUCUGAGAAGGUGCCGGUUGUAUAGUCAGCACCCUCAUCCGGGCCAGUGGAGCUGCCAUGGGAGGCACAGGAAAAGGAAAUUCUGGGAAAAGUUGUCCUGUCUCCUCUAGAAGUAUCCAGUCACACACUCUUUGGGGUUUGUGACAGAAUUCUCUGAAUUCUGGAUUUUUUUCUGGCCUCCUCAAUCUCCUCCUCCUCCUCCUCCUCCACCUCUCUGCCCCCUUUGAGAAGGGAGAGAUAGAUCAGUUUUAAAGGGCUCCUGGAAGACAGUUUCCCCCCCUCUACUGAAAUCUGAUGUAAGCCAUUCAUCUUCAGGAUGGUGUAUGUUUCAUCGAGUCUUCUUUUGUAAUAUACAGUAUUCUUCUUCUCCAAAGACAGAGUUGCCCAUCCUUCCUCUUUCUUGCUUAAAUACAGAACCCUGAUUUUGUUCUGUUAUUGGGGACCCUACCCAACCCAGCCCCCAGGACAAGAACUGUGGUAACCUGAGCCAGCUCCGGGACCCUGGCUAGGGAUGGGUUGGAAGUGGCCGGGGAUGCCAUUGUCACUAAUGGGGUUUGAGGAGCUUCACUUCUGAGGGGCUCCUCACUUUUACAGGGGUGCAUCUGUGUCCUGUCUCUUCAGAGGCUAAAAAAGACCAAGGUUUAUUUCACAAGCAGAAAGCACCAGGGAGGGAGGGAUGCCAUGGGAUUUCCACUCUCAAGUCCUGGCCCUGGAGCAGCAGGAAUGGCCCUCAAUCCUAGGUGGUGCCCAGUGCCCAUCCAGGAAACUAUUAAAGUCUGUCUCUUCAAGCCCCAUCCCAUUUGGGUUGGAUCUGACUCUCAGGGGUGGAACUGGGAUCUCUGUGGGGCUGGCAGACUUCUCCUGUCCCCUCCAUUACCCUGACCCAGGUAUGUCAUGAACUGCUGGAAUAGAGCAGGUGCAGGGGGCCUUCUGAAAGUCCCGGAGGCAUUCAGAUUCCUGUCUCUUGGUAUCUUGAAGAGAACCAACAGCUUGGCCUUCCUGCACACGAGGAUAUAAGGAGGGAUAUUGUGACACUUCCAGGUGGACAUCAGAACAUGCAUAUCAAAUCACCCAGCUGAGGACAUUGCCCGCAAGUCUCAGGAUGUCACCCAACCUGGGCCCUUCUGCCAACAGACACGUCCAAAUGGCCAGCAUGGCUGCUGUAGUGCUUUGGGGCCAUCUUUGAAUAAGUGACAUCGAGUUGGGAGCUUGAGAGUGAUGCUGCUGGGAAUAUUUACCCCAUGGAAAUCGGCAACAGAUCAUUUGAGCUUGAUUUUUUUUCCCUUCCGGGAGAGCUGCACACCACGGAAUGAAUAUCCUUAAUUUAUAGAUAAGGAAACCAAGGCCUAAGGAGAUGAGGUUGAAGGAGAGCUUGAUUUCUGGUUCUGGAAGGAUGAUAAGUUGAGAAUCCAAGUUUCAGGAGACAACUUGGAAGGAUGAGCAGAACUAUCUUCAGGGAAGUGAGAGGAUGGAGCCCCUCUAUCAGGCUGGAUCCAUUCUCAUGAAGGUGAAUACCUUACAGGGGAAGAAGAUGGUGGAGAGUGGCCUCCAUUCAGGAGACUUUUCUCUCUCCCAGUCGUGGCCUUCUUGCCUCCCACCUCAGGCCGACCUGGAGAUUUUGCAGCAGAAGGUGGCCGGUGUGCAACGGGAACUCGAGGACUUUAAGCAGGAGGCGCUGAAGUCCAUCCAUUACCUGGAAGAUGCCUUCUGCCAGAUGAAUGGUGCCUUGGCCCAGCAAGAGGAGCAGGCGGCCCGUGUGAAGCAGCGGCUGAGGGAGGAGGAGGACCGCGGUAUCGUUCGCAACAAGGUGCUCACCUUCCUGCUGCCACGGGAGAAGCAGCUCCGGGAGCACUGCAGGAGGCUGGAGUGCAUGCUUCUGAGCCGGGGCCAUGACACACUGGGCACCGCCAGGAAGAGCCAGGCAGAAUGAGCCCUGGGCUCACCAAAUGGAAGAUAUUUUCAAAUGGAAAGAAAUCCUAAGCCCUGCCCUCUUGCUUUCCCUUCCCCAUUUCUGUUGCUUUCCUUCUACCAAAAUAACAUCUUGCCAAGAGGCAAAAAGACUUCACUAUGGUUUUUUGGGGGGUGAAGUUCCAUUUAUCCAGCCUCAUCAAGGAAGAAGGCACCCCUGUGCUAAGUCGGACCCUGUACCUUUACCUCAAACUGUUUCCUGUUUGUGAAGAUAAUAUUGCCCGGAUGUAUAGCAUUUUCCCUGUGCAUUCUUAAAUGGAUUGUUUUGA